GACUGUAAAUACGAACAGGGAAGGUUUAAGGCCUCUCCCUCUCUUCUCCGCAGCAGAUACAAACAGGGCAAAAUCACUGUCGCUCUCUCUACUGCUAUACGUAGACGAAGGAGGGAGGAUCAAAAUCGAAGGAAUCAUUUUUCCCAUCAUCAGAUCAAGAUCAACGAGUAAAUACAAAAAGUUGUUCUUCAGGAUCAUACUUGUUGGGGAAUUUUGUAUGUGAGGAAACAAAAUGGCUAUUGGAAGAAGUCCAAGAGCUGAUGUGAGGAGGUCCUCCUCCUCCUUCAGUUCAACGGCUGUUAUUGUUGUUUUUGUUGCUCUAUGCUUAGUUGGUGUUUGGAUGAUGACGUCUUCGUCAGUUGUUCCUGUACAAAAUAUAGAAAUUUCUCAUGAUGGGAAAGUAGAUGUAAAAGAUACUGUCACUGAACCUAAUUCUCGACAGUUUGAAGAUAAUCCAGGAGUUUUACCUGAAGAUGCAACAAAGGGAGAUUCAAACCAGAGCUCACCUCAGGAUGAAACCAACACUCAAAUUCAAGAUGAUCAGAAGUCAUCUCAGCAAAGCAAUGGGGAUGCAUCUCAAGAAAACCAGGUUCAGAAAUCUGAGGAGAGUGGAGAUAAGGUUACUGGUACAGAUGACACAUCAAACCCUGAGAAGAGUACUGGCUCUGAUGACACGUCAAACCCUGAGAAGAGCACGGAUACGGUUACUGGCUCUGCUGAUGCAUCCAACAUCGAUAAGAGUACAGAUAGGGCAACUGGUUCUGAUGAUACAUCCAAUCCUGAUAUUGAAAAAAUUUCUGGGGAAUCAAAGACCGAGGAUGGCGGAUCAAAUUCUGAAUCUGGAGAAACAAAAACAGAAGGUGGUGAAACUAAUGCCAGUGACAAGUCAGAAUCAGUGGCAAACCCUGGUGAAACAAAGGAGGAGGAUAAGAUGGGCGGCCAGACAGAGGAAACUCAAGAUAAGGAUUCAGAAAAUUCCAGUGAUAACAAGGAGGACGAAGACAAAAGUCAGGUCCAAAAUGAGGUACUUCCAGAUGCAGCUCAGGCAGAGAUCCAAAAUGAGACUACUACACAAAAUGGGGCAUUUUCAACUCAACGUUCAGAGUCAAAGAAUGAAAAGGAAGUGCAACAAUCUUCUGUUACAAAAGAUGAGAGUGCUUCUGAGUAUAGAUGGAAAGUUUGUAACGCCACCGCUGGACCAGAUUAUAUACCUUGCCUAGAUAAUGCAUAUGCUGUUAGGCGUCUUAGAAGUACUAAGCACUACGAACAUAGGGAAAGGCACUGCCCUGAAGAACCACCAACUUGUCUUGUUCCUCUGCCUGAAGGAUACAGAAAAUCUAUUAAGUGGCCGCAAAGCAGGAAUAAGAUAUGGUAUUUUAAUGUUCCCCACACUAAGCUUGCAGAAAUAAAGGGGCAUCAGAAUUGGGUGAAAGUUACUGGAGAGUACCUCACAUUUCCUGGUGGUGGAACUCAGUUUAAGCAGGGUGCCUUGCAUUAUGUUGAAUUUAUCCAAGAAGAGUUGGCUGAUAUAGCAUGGGGAAAGCAGAGCCGUGUUGUCUUGGAUGUUGGAUGUGGGGUGGCCAGCUUUGGCGGAUUUCUCUUUGACAAAGAUGUUCUUACUAUGUCAUUUGCUCCUAAGGAUGAGCAUGAAGCCCAAGUUCAGUUUGCACUUGAAAGGGGUAUCCCAGCUAUAUCAGCCGUCAUGGGCACCACAAGACUCCCUUUCCCUGGUAGAGUGUUUGAUGUUGUUCAUUGUGCCCGUUGCAGGGUUCCAUGGCAUAUCGAAGGUGGUAAACUUCUCUUAGAACUGAAUCGUGUUCUGAGACCCGGUGGAUACUUUGUGUGGUCAGCUACUCCUGUUUACCGAAAAGAAUCCGAAGAUGUUGGGAUCUGGAAAGCCAUGUCUGCACUAACAAAGCAGAUGUGCUGGGAUUUACUGAUAGUUAAAAAGGAUACAGUGAACCGUGUUGGGGUUGCAAUAUACAGGAAGCCUUUAUCUAACGAAUGCUAUGAAAAAAGACCACAAGAUGACCCACCUCUAUGUAAAGAAUCUGAUGAUCCAAAUGCUGCCUGGAACAUUACGAUGCAAUCGUGUAUGCACAAGUUGCCAGUAGAAGCGUCAGAGCGGGGGUCUCAGUGGCCAGAGAAGUGGCCGUUGAGGUUGGAAAAGCCACCUUACUGGUUGAAGAGUACGGAACUUGGAGUCUAUGGAAAAGCAGCCCCAGAGGAUUUCACAGCGGACCACGAACACUGGAAACGUGUUGUCUCAAAUUCGUAUCUGCAUGGAAUGGGAAUCAGCUGGUCUGACGUGAGAAAUGUCAUGGAUAUGAGAUCAGUUUAUGGAGGUUUUGCUGCUGCGCUGAAGGAUUUGAAUGUGUGGGUCAUGAAUGUGGUUACGAUUGAUUCACCAGACACGCUCCCCAUAAUUUACGAACGGGGUUUAUUUGGUAUCUAUCAUGACUGGUGUGAAUCCUUUAGCACCUACCCUAGAUCCUAUGACCUUCUUCAUGCUGAUCAUCUUUUCUCUAAGCUCAAAACCAGGUGCAGCUUAGUGGCAGUGAUAGCAGAAGUUGAUAGGAUUUUGAGGCCAGAAGGAAAAUUGAUAGUGCGUGACAAAGUGGAGAUCAUCAAGGAGGUCGAGAAAAUGGCAGAGUCUUUGCAAUGGGAGAUCCGUUUAACCUACAACAAGGACAGCGAAGGAUUGUUAUGUCUUCAGAAGACGGUAUGGAGGCCAAAAGAGGUAGAGACAAACGCUUCAGCCAUUGCUUAAGCAUUUUCUGAGUUUUUGUUCAUAGGUCUUUAGGUAUCUUCUAAAAUUUUGGCUUCUGUUUCAAAUUUGUGCCAUCAUCUGUAUCUUUUAGCUUUAGGAUUGCAGCUCAUGUAUUAUUAUUUAUUUCUUCCUAUACUUAUUUUUGCGUUUCUCAUCACAGAGAGAAACCAUUAUUUUUGACAGUAAAAUUUGUUCUUGCCAAAUACCAUACUAACAGAAAAUAAUAACAAAAAUGUUUGAAAAUGUCUUAAAA